CUCGGGUCGUCAGAUGAACGCUGUAAUCCUCUAGAGGAACAGAGCGACCUACGUUGUAUCAACGCGUGGUGGCGCAGCGACUGGCCUACUGUGCUGGAACUCGAAAGCGAGCUUGCAAUGUAUGACUUGGCCCUACUAAGGAGACCAAGAGCAGCGCUUUCCCGUACUCCAUCUCGAGGUACUUGUCAAAACACCGCAUCGUUGGACCGACCCGCGGGCGGAGUCGGUGCUGAAACCGCGAGGCCUGCCGCGGGAGCUCGACGAAGAGAGCUGGCUACUGGCCGUAUUAAAUGGAGGCACGUUGGACGAGGAGCACCUACAGACUCAGGGGUACUACGGAGCGCUUGUUUCCGAGUACAUGGUGCUGACUAUGCUUGGAUUCACAAAUGUCAACCCGGACGACGACGAGGACGUAGAUGCCACUUCGGGUACUGACACUGUUUCCAGCCGGUUUCUGGAAAUCCACCCAAAGGCAUUGAAUGAGAUUGGGAGGCUGCGCUUGCGUGGCUACUACGUAGAGGGAAUCCGGGAAAGCCGCCUCACAGAGCUUGGCAAGGCGCAUCAUCCAUACCACUGCACGCAGAAUUUCCCAGAAGAAGAAGACACCUACAAUAGUGAUGAAGGUGAUGGUGAAGAUAAAGGCGAGCCGCGAACAGUGUCCGUUUUGUGCCUGCUGCGGCUCGCCGGUGGGACCGGGUUUUGCGGCGUUUGCUCCAACAUCCGCUACUUUCUGCUGCGACACUGAAUCACUGUUGCGAAGCGUGUGGCAUCUCCCUUUUCAGUAUGAUGCUGCGCAUGUCUGAGACAGGCACGACCAGUUUACUGUUGGACAUGCACGAGCGCGACAGCAGCUGCGGGCAGGACUUGCACGAGCACGACAUCUCCAGCAGCCAGAGGUUUGGCCCGAGGCUGCGUCUUUCCUUUGAGAACGUGGCUGCCGACUGGCUGACCGGAUAUGUUGAUGUGGACCCCUCGACUGGAACGUCACCCUACCAAGAGUGCAUGAUGCACUAUCGAUGUGCGGAGGUGAAUCAAUCACUUCCACCGCUCGGAAUUGGGUACGAACCCAAUUAUGGCACCUGGUUCACGGUCGCAUUGCGCCGCGCUUGUUGGGUUCAGGACAACGACUUCGCAUCCAUGCUCGCGCGAAGGAUAAUUGGAUUGCCGGAAGGUAGUCACAAAACUCCAAGCGCAGAGAGGAACUGGAAUUGUAACGCUUACCUCCUCGAACCAGCGCGUCGGCGGAUCAUCCAGGGUGGCGCUGUUGUUCCUGCUACAGCUCGCGGUGGGGAAGACCGCGCAGCAGCUUCUGCCGCAACGCGCACUAGCAAAGAUCAAGAUGUUGAAAGCACGGUCGAGGAGAAAGCACAGCAGACAGAAGUGUGUCAGGGGCAUCAGCAUAAAUAAAGCGCUGGCUCUAACUCCAGCUCUCCACUUGGUGAGCUUCUUCACCUUCACCCUGCUACAACUGCUGGAAAAAAGUUCAGCCGGGUCCCCGGUUUAGUUGAGUUUGACCGAUAUUACUUCCUGAACGAGGCAGACGAUACCUGUUGGCGCGUGGACCUCAUCUAUUUUCCGCUGCAGCGCGCGCGUGAUUACUGUUUUCCUCCUAUGCAGCUACCAGAAGCAGAAGCCGAGGGUGCCGAAAACCUGGUGGCACUCGCCAUUCUGCGGUAUCCCGGACUGUUGCCACCGGGAAGUUCGCAGCGAGAGCCUCGGUUCUCCCACUUCAUUGGAGCUGACAGAGGGGUACUGCGUCAUGGAGACCGGAUUGACGCGGCAACUUUAGAGCGCGCAACGAACACGAAGCAGGGUAGGCAGGUGUUGGCGGAGCUGGAAAAAUGGAAGCGGGCAGCAGACAGUGAAAACCGUAGCUGAUUUUGCGUCUGCAGUUUCGCUUGUCGUGAUGAACAAACAUUCCAUUUUUCGAGAAAGUUGUGUGCUUUCCUUUUAUGUCCGCACUAUGCGCACUGCAGAAGAGAU